UCCCCCCUCCCUCUCUAAUCGGUUCGCUUUGGGAGCAGAUUUGCGCGAGAGCUCGCGUCCUGCGGUCUUGCUCCUCUCUCAUCAGUUUUUUUUUUUUUAACGGCGCUUCCCCACGGCGCGGUUUUCGUUGAAGACCUGGGGAUGCCUCCAUCCGGAAGCGUUGCCGCCGAGCUCCAUGCUCGUCCGCAAUCUCAUCAGUUUGUUACUCGUCAGAUGGCGUGUUUGGAACCGUGGUUCACUGUUCAACCCAGCAGUUUGGCGUAUCAUUUAUGUACUCGUGCGGACCUACCGAAAGGACUCGGGAAAGAAGGAAGCUGCGACUGAUCCGGCUGCUGCUACCGCGUCAACCUCAUCUGCUGCAACUGCUGAGAAGCCUGCCGAACCAAUCGCUGUGCCCAGAGAGCAGCUCCCACCAAUCCCUGAAGACGAGCAGCACCAAGUCUACAAAUGGAUGCUGGAGGAGAAGCGGAAGAUCAAGCCACGCAAUGCUGCAGAGAAGAAGAAACUCAACGAGGAGAAGGCCCUUCUUAAGGAGUUCAUCCGGAUGGGAUCCCUCCCCAGCUUAUGAGCUUACCAGUUGUCAUUUGGAACUCUUGUGUCUGGUGUGUCAUCAGUAAUGUGGUUUGGGCCUGAUUGGAUAAUUUACAAGCACAGUACUGUACUAGCUUGUAGGUUGAUGUCUCCAUGAUUUGACCUCUGAAGUCCAAAUGUUGUGUGGAUGCAAACUAGUGUUGGCUGCAUUGGUUUUAGAAAUUCUUCAGGACAGAAGAGAAGCUCCUGUGUGCAAA